AUGUACUCAGCACCCACAAUCCGAACAAAGUUCCUCGUUAUCUCAGACACGCACGGACGAGAAUCCUCCCUCCAGCACCUGAGCACCGAGUGCGCAGAUGUAGCCAUCCACUGCGGCGAUCUAACAACGGACUCGACUCUCGCAGAAUUCCGCUCCUCCAUCAGCUUUCUCUCUAGUCUUAACACACCCCUCAAGCUCGUCAUAGCGGGAAACCACGACUUUACACUCGAUACGCCGACAUUCCAAAGAAAGCUCGCCCUAGCGUCGGAGAUACUCGACCCGGCUCUCGUUAAAAAGGCAUAUGGCGACUUCGGAUACGCUAGAAGCCUCUUCGAGGAGGCGAUGGACAACGGAAUCAAAUUUCUUGAUCAGGGCACGCAUCAUUUCACGCUGGAGAACGGCGCCUCGUUGACCGUCUACGCCAGCCCGUAUACCCCUUCCAUGUCCCCAGGGGACUGGGGAUUCGAGUAUUCACGGUCACACGGUCAUAAUUUUGAGUUCAAGCACGUUGAUGUUGUCAUCACGCAUGGUCCACCAAAGGGAAUCAUGGAUUACAAUAUGGAUCGAGAGCGAGCGGGCUGCCCGGAACUAUUCGCUGCGGUGAGGCGCGCGAAGCCCCGAAUGCAUUGUUUCGGGCAUAUUAAUGAGCAAUGGGGUGCGAAGCUGGUGACUUGGCGGAAGGGCAGUCCGUCGCGGGAGCCCUGCCAUUUUGGGGAUGUGGAUCAUAGAAACUCGUUUGUGAUCGAGAGAUUAUCAAACUUGCAAGGAGAGAAAGAAGAUGAGGAGUAUGAAAGGUUCUAUCGGACAAGUCAUUGUACGGGAGAUGAGGGUCCGGUGAAGUGGGAAGAACAGACAUUAUUUGUCAAUGCGGCGAUUGAGGGGGUAGAUGGAAGGACUCAACCCGCUUGGGUGGUGGAAAUUGAGCUUUCAAGGGCGUUUUAG